AUGUUGGAACUAUACGAAGCUAGAAAAGCUACUAACUUCAAGUUUCCAGGAGAAAGUUUUCCAGAGUGGUUUGAUCUGAAGAGCAGUGGACCUUCAUGUUCUUUCUGGUUUCGUAAUAAGUUUCCUGCCAGAGUUCUUUCUCUUCUUAUUAUACAUAUGAAUAAAUAUGAUAACUUAAGUAUUUUUCACCCUGAGGUGCGCAUUAAUGGGAAAUGGCAAACAGGCGGAGGCCACUAUUUGUUGGAGCAGACGAAAUUUGAAUUCGAUCUAACAUACCUCUCUGAUCUAGAAGUGUAUGGUAAUUUGCUUGAACAACCUUUAGAAAAGGAAUGGAAUCACGUGAAGGUUACAUAUAGUACUCCGACAGGGAACUCAUGGAUUAAAGCAACAGGAAUCCAUGUAUUCAAAGAGGAAAACAGCAUCAUGGAAGACAUUCGGUUUGAUGAUCCUUAUAUCAUGGAAGAAGAAGAAGGAAGAAGAGGAAAAAAAAGAAAACAGCAUCAUGGAAGACAUUCCCGGUUUGAUGAUCCAUAUAGCAACAAGAAAUUAGGCAAAGAUCUCAACCCUUCUCAAUCACAAAACCACUUGUUAAGGACCAUAGUUCGUAGAAAGAAAGUUCUCUUGAUUCUAGAUGAUGUUGACAACAGAAAGCAGUUACAAGCAUUUGCUGGAAGAUCUGAUUGGUUUGGUCCUGGCAGCAGANUUAUCAUUACCACUCGGNACGAACAGCUGCUAAAAUCUCAUGAGAUUNAAAGAACUUANGNGGUGNAGGAAUUGAAUGAGAAUGAUUCUCUUCAAUUGCUUGUAUGGAAUGCUUUCAAAAGGGAAAAAGUUGAUCCAAGGUACGAGGACGUGUUGAAACGUGUAGUAACUUAUGCUUGUGGUCUUCCAUUGGCUAUAGAAGUAAUAGGUUCCAACUUGGUUGGAAAAAGUGUAGAAGAAUGGGAGUCGGCGAUAGAACAUUACAAAAGAAUUCCAAAUGGUGAAAUUCUAGAGAUACUUAAAGUAAGCUUUGAUGGUUUGGGGGAAGAAGAAAAAAAUGUCUUUCUUGACAUCGCCUGUUGCUUCAAAGGAAGUAGUUUGAAAGAAGUUGAAAGUAUACUUAGUGUUCUUUAUGAUAACAACAUGAAACAUCAUAUUGGGGUGUUGGUUGAAAAAUCUCUCAUAAAAGUUUGGGGUGAAAUUGAAAUGCACGAUUUGAUUGAGGACAUGGGUAGACAUAUUGACCGGCAAAAGUCACCCGAAGAGCCAGGGAAGCGCAGGAGAUUAUGGUUAGGGAAAGAUAUCAUUGAUGUUUUAAAACACAACAAGGGAACUAGCAAAACUGAAAUCAUAUGCCUGAAUUUGUCUAUAUCUGAGAAAGAAGAAAUGAUAGAAUGGAAUGCCAACGCCUUCAGAAGUAUGAAAAACCUUAAAAUACUGAUCAUUAGAAAUGGUAAAUUUUCCAAAGGUCCCAAUUAUUUUCCGGAAAGUUUGAGAGUACUGGAAUGGCAUGGAUAUCCUUCAAAUUGUUUACCAUCAAAUUUUGAUUCUAGCAAACUUGUGACUUGCAUGUUACCUCACAGUCAUUUUACGUCAUUUGGAUUCCUUGGCUCAUCAAAGAAGUUCGAGAAUCUAACUGUCUUGAAUUUUGAUGGGUGCAAAUUUUUAACACAGACACCCGAUAUGUCUGUUCUCGGAAAUUUGGAGGAAGUUUCAUUUAACUGGUGUGAGAAUUUAGUUGCAGUUCACGACUCAAUUGGUUUUAUGAAUAAACUUAAAAUAUUGCAUGCGCAACAUUGCAUCAAGCUUAUGAGUUUUCCACCUCUCAACUUGCCCACUCUUAAAAGCCUAGAACUUUCAUUUUGUUCCAAUCUUGAGAAAUUUCCAGAAAUACUAGGAAAGAUGGAAAAGAUAAGGGUACUUGAAUUGGAGGGGCUUCCCAUUAAAGAAUUGCCACCAUCCUUUCAAAAUCUUAUUGGUCUCGAAGAGUUAUACUUGUUAUGUAAAAAUGUUCACUUAUCAAGUAUCAUUGCCACGAUGCCUAACUUGUAUUAUUUUGAUUCUACUAAUUCAAAGGGGUGGCAAUGGGUAAAAUCAGAAGAUGCUGAAGAUAACGUAGGCUCAAUGGUUCCUUCAAAGGUAGAUUUGUUUUCGGCCUUGUCUUGCAUCCUGGAUGAUAACUUCUUUUCAACAGGUUUCAAAGGUAGAUGCACGUACGAUGUGUUCCUCAGCUUUAGAGGGAAAGACACGCGUUAUGGUUUCAUAGAUAAUCUCUACCAAGCUCUCUGUAACAUGGGAAUUCACCCUUUCACCGAUAAGGAACUUUCAAAAGGAGAGGAAAUAGUACCAGCACUUCAGAAAGCAAUUGCAGAGUCUAGGAUUGCCAUCGUUGUGUUCUCUCACGACUAUGCUUCUUCCUCUUUCUGCUUGGAUGAACUUGCAACCAUCCUUCACCACAAGAGUAAAGGGCUGUUGGUUAUACCGGUGUUUUAUAAUGUGUAUCCUUCUUAUGUCAGACGUCAGAAAGGUAGCUAUGAAGAAGCAUUCGCUAACCAUCAAGAGAGGUUCAAAGGGCAGGAGGAGAAGUUACAUGAAUGGAAAAUGGCUCUGCGUCAAGUUGCUGACUUGUCUGGCUAUUACUUCACAGAUGGGGAUGAAUACCACCAGUACGAGUUUAUUCAGAGAAUUGUUGAACGGGUUUCCAGGGUGAUUAGUGGUAGUGCUUUAGAUGUUGCGAAUAACCCAGUUGGCCUACUGUCACAGGUGGUGAAAGUCAAGAAACUUUUGGAUGUUGGAUCGGAUGAUGUUGUCCACAUGAUAGGGAUCCUUUGAAUGGGUGGGUUAGGAAAAAAAAUAAUUUCUGUAGCAGUUUAUAAUUCGAUUGCUUGGAGAGAAGAACAUCAACUUAGCAUGUAUGCAAAGAGCAAUUUCAGUGAUACAGCAAAGGCUUCGUAGAAAGAUGAUGUUGACAACAGAAAGCAGUUACAAGUAUUUGUUGGAAGAUCUGAUUGGUUUGGUCCCGGCAGCAGAGUGAUCAUUACUACUCGGGACAGAUCGCUGCUAAAUUCACAUGACAUUGAAAGAAUUUAUGAGAUGAAGGAAUUGAAUAAUAAUGAUUCUCUUCAAUUGCUUAUAUGGAAUGCUUUCAAAAGGGAAAAAGUUGAUCCAAGUUACGAGGACGUGUUGAAACGCGUAGUAACUUAUGCUUAUGGUUUCCCAUUGGCUUUAGAAGUAAUAGGUGUUAGGAUAAAGUGUUUUUGUUAGUCAAUUCAGUUUAUUAUUUUAAUUUUGUUUAUUAUUAAUGCUUGUUAGUCUUCCACGUUA